AUGGAGGACGCAGACUCAGACAUCGAUUUUGAGGGCAUUGUGAAGUAUAUGACGAAAGCAAAGGGCAAAGGACCCAGCGCCAAGAUCAAGUUACCAUCGGAGGUUGAAGUCAGGCAGAUAUGCCACUUGGUCGGAGAGAUCUUCAUGUCGCAGGAUUCGUACCUUGACCUGGAGGCACCGAUCAAAAUAUGCGGAGACAUUCACGGGCAGUAUCACGACUUGUUGCGCAUGUUCGAAAUGGGAGGGUUCCCGCCAGAGAGCAACUACCUCUUUUUGGGCGACUACGUCGACCGUGGAAAGCAGUCCGUCGAAACGAUCAUUCUGUUGUUCGUAUACAAGAUUUUGUAUGAUGAAAGUUUCUUUAUGUUACGCGGCAACCAUGAAUGUGCAGCCAUCACCCGGAUCUACGGCUUUUAUGAUGAGUGCAAGCGCCGAUACAACAUCAAGAUUUGGAAGCAUUGUGUCGAUGUCUUCAACCGGCUCCCCCUCUGUGCGGUGAUCGAUGACAAGAUCUUCUGCGUGCACGGUGGGCUCUCCCCGGAGAUGCAGACACUAGACCAAGUGAAGAGCAUAGGACGUCCUUUGGACGUUCCGGAUUGCGGAUUGAUGUGCGAUUUCUUGUGGGCGGAUCCCGAAAGCGAGAUAAAUGGUUGGGCAGACAACGACCGCGGUGUAUCCUACACGUUUGGACCCGACACGGUGGAGGGUUUCCUCAAGAAGUUCGAUUUCGACGUGGUAGUUCGUGCACACCAGGUUGUAGCAGAUGGGUUUGAGUUCUUUGCAGGUAGGAGAUUAAUUAUCCACGGGCUUUGUUCUCCGCGCCGAACUACUGCGGCGAGUUCGACAAUUCGGGCGCCAUGA